UUUUAUGACUCGAAUAUGACGUGUGAAUUGUCAACUCCAUGUUCCUCAUUUCAGUGAAGUGCACUCCGAUCAUCUGUGUUGCCUUAGUGUUUCCUUGUAGUGUGUAAGUGAAACAUAUUAAUCAUGAGUGGAGACCGUCAGCGUGGAAAUGUGCCGCCGCAGGCUAAGAAGAAUGACGACACGGUGGAAAUGAUUCCGAUUAAUCGAGCUUUCAAGAUCGGAAUACUGAGUCUGCUUAUGGAUCGUGUCAAACUGAAAAUGUUGCAAAGGAAGAUGAGGGAUCCAGCGUUGGAAGCUUGUUAUGACGGAGAGGAUCUCCAGAUCACAAUGGCAUUUAUGAAAGCGGUUCGACCUGGUGGAUUCAUGUGUGACCUCUCUUCAGUGAAGUGCAUUCCGAUCAUCUGUUUUGCCUUAGUGUUUCCUUGUAGUGUUUCGACUCGCUUAUCUUCGCAGGGAAGUGCGCCGCCGCAGGCUCCGAAGAAUGACGACACGGUGGAAAUGGUUCCGAUUAAUCGCGCUGUCAAGAUCGGAAUACUGAGUCUGCUUAUGGAUCGUGUCAAUCUGAAUAGGUUGGAAAGGAAGAUGAGGGAUCCAGCGUUGGAAGCUUUUCAUGAUGGGGAGGAUAUGCAGAUCACAAUGGCAUUUGUAAAAGCGGUUCAACCUGGUGGAUUCAUGUGUGGCAGAUCUCUGCCCCGAUGACAUCUACGUUGACAAUAAGUGCAUUGAGUGGCAAUUUUUUGGGAUGAUAAAUCUUCAAAAAAUGCUUUUCUUGUCAUGAAUGAGAAUAAAUGCACAUGAAAUACC